GACCAGGUCCGAGUGCAGCCCGGGAGGAGGGAGCGCGGCCUAGUGCGGGCGCCGUGCGGGCUUCGCAGCUGCUGCUCCCGCGCCGGUUCUCGCGGGAGCCGGUGUUGUCGGCCGCAUUUGGCGAGGGGGAAACGGAGUCCCCACGGGGUAGCGGCUCGUCCGCGUCCCCAGCUUCGGUGGCCGAGCGACCCCGGAGGCUUCUCGCUUCGACCGCGGUCCUUGCGGGCCGGGCCGCCGCUGCCUCCUCGCUCCUUCUGGGCCUGGCCCGGCCUGUGGGUCCGGGACCGCCGGGCGGGCCGCGGGAACUUGGCCGACCUUGGCCCUGUCGGGUCGGCCGUGGCGGGGAGGGGAGGCGUGGCCGGGCAAGGUCCCCCGGCGGCCCCCGGCGCCGCUGUCCGCCCAGCAAAGUUCCGCCGAGCGCGGCGGCCCCCGUGGGGCGCCCGGGACCCAGGAGUGAUGAGACCGGGCCCGGCCCGGCUCCCGGGAGACAGUGUGUAGUGUAGACACGACCCCGGCCUCGAGAGGGGCUGCGGGGUGCAGAGGCGGUAAGAACCAGCCCGCGUUGCCGGUGGACGGGGGCAGGGUUCCGGGAGCCGGCGACCCGGUGACGGUGGGGGCGGGUGUGCAGGCCAGGUCGGUGCUCUCGUUCAUUCAUUUCUUAAUCGGACGAAUGCUUACGUGUGUGCGGUGCCGGGGACGGCCUGCCCGCGGGACAGGUGGCCGUCACAGUUCAUUAGGGAGGAAACAGGGUGCCGGGGGGAGCAGUAAAGGGCAGUGAUGCUGGAGCUGAGCUCGGAGGAAUCAUGGAGAAGAGCUUUGGCAAGGGGAUGGCGUGGACACGGCUCAGGUGGCGUCAGGGGCCGAAAGGAGGCAGGGUGGCCGGAGGGCGAGCGCCAGGCGGGGCGUGUGCGGGGCCAGGUGGGAGGCCUGGGCUGUGGUGCUGGUCUGCUGGGCUGGGAGGCCUGCAGGAGUCUAAGUCUGUCGGGGUUUUAGGUGAAGGACCGAUGUGACUAGCGGCGUGUCCAGGAGCGUCUCUGGCUGUGGUGCACACUUAGGCCCCCCGAGUCUCCGGAGGGUAGGUCCGGAGAGGAGCAGGGAAGCAGGCGUGUGCCCUGUCAGCACUGCCGUCCGCACAGCCUGGCACAAAAGGCUCGAGCUGCGCCUGGAAGGAAGGGAACUCGUGUUCCGCAAGAUGGCCUGAUAUGAAGGAAUCACGCCUCCCCAAGCUGCCCUGUCCUUCAAGUGCAGGAGCCGGUUGAAAUGUCGGGAAUGGAAGCCGAUGCGACCAUCCCGAUCUGGCAAAAUAAACCGCAUGGGGCUGCUCGCAGCGUAGUGAGAAGAAUUGGGACCAACCUGCCCCUGAAGCCAUGUCCCCGGGCGUCCUUUGAGACCCUGCCCAAUGUCUCUGAUCUGUGUCUGAGGGAUGUGCCCCCAGUCCCUACUCUGGCUGAUAUCGCCUGGAUUGCUGCAGAUGAAGAGGAGACAUACGCCCGGGUCAGGAGUGAUACACGCCCCCUGAGGCACACUUGGAAGCCCAGCCCUCUGAUUGUCAUGCAGCGCAAUGCCUCAGUGCCCAACCUGCGUGGGUCCGAGGAGAGGCUCCUGGCCUUGAAGAAGCCAGCCCUGCCGGCCCUGAGCCGUACCACAGAGCUGCAGGAUGAGCUGAGCCACCUGCGCAGCCAGAUUGCUAAGAUAGUGGCAGCGGAUACAGCUUCGGCUUCAUUAACGCCAGAUUUCUUAUCUCCAGGAAGUUCAAAUGUCUCUUCUCCCUUACCUUGUUUUGGAUCCUCAUUCCACUCUACAACUUCCUUUGUCAUUAGUGACAUCACUGAGGAGACCGAGGUAGAGGUCCCCGAGCUUCCAUCAGUCCCCCUGCUUUGUUCUGCCAGCCCUGAAUGUUGCAAACCAGAACACAAAGCUACCUGCAGCUCAUCUGAAGAGGAUGACUGUGUCUCUCUGUCCAAGGCCAGCAGCUUUGCAGAUAUGAUGGGGAUCCUGAAGGACUUUCACCGGAUGAAACAGAGUCAAGAUCUGAACCGGAGUUUACUGAAGGAGGAGGACCCUGCUGUCCUUAUCUCUGAGGUCCUAAGAAGGAAGUUUGCUCUGAAGGAAGAAGAUUUCAGUAGAAAAGGAAACUGACAGCACUCAGCUUUGCACACUCAGUCUCCUGCUCCUGGAAUUCCUUCAGUAGCUGCCUUCCUCACCGCAGAUGUUUCUGUCUCUCCAUCAGAAGUUUUCUGCAACAGUCUUGCCGAAAGCUAGAGCUUGGACUGAAAGAGCUGGAUUAUAUGUUUCCCAUCUUCAAACCUUAGCAGAAGCUAAGGCCUGUUGUGAGCUGAGAGACUUGUUACAGGUAAAUGUAUAGAUUGGAAUGUUUUGGUCUAAAGGCUGAGCUAGAAGUUUCUGGUUUUUCCUUGCCCCUGUGUGAAAAUAGGUCCUGAAUGACUUACUUCACUGCAUAAGACCCUAUAACUGGUCUUACCGGACACUUUGUGCCCAGCUGUCACUUACUCUUAGCAGCUUUCUUGAAGCAGAGAGAGCUAUCAGUGUUUAUGUACAUGUUCACAGGGCAGGAAAAAUCUUAUGCUGCACCAUCACAAACCAACACCAAUGCCCAGCAAUCACCCUCUUCCCAUGUCUAACAACACCUAGAUGUAGAGGUCGGACCUCUGGACCAGCUGACAUUUGGGCUGCUUCUGGGAGGCCUGGGCUGUUUUUUUCUUAAAUAUAUUUUGUAAUACUGUACAACCAAAUAUACCCUCCAAGGCCCCACUGACUGAACUCCUGCUCUUCCAUGGACUUUAGUUCAAGCCCAGUAGGAAACAGAAAUGGGGAGGGGAAAGAGAAUACCAUCUUUCUUUGAGGCCCUUGACUGCUUCUUUGCAUUGGGCCAAGGUUUGUAUCCACACCAUGCAUGACUCAGAUGCCCUCAGGUCCCUUUCUCUGCAGUAUGUAUCCCGUGUGUGUUUGGGUUGAAGUACUACCUGACAUUAAAGGAUUUGGCAAGAUAA